AUGACGUCUGCAAAUGUUGAAUUCUUUAUUGCUGGGGAUUUUAAUGCCCACCACACCAGCUGGAAUUGCGCUGAUAGCGAUGUGGCCGGAAAAGUGUUAUUUGACCAUCAAAAUAAAUCAAACUACUAUAUAUAUUUCCCACCUAGUCAUACAAGAUUUCCCCAAAAUCAAACCAUCAGACGACCGUCAACAAUUGAUCUUCUACUAUCAAAUUCCUCUUUAGGUUUUACCGACCUGGAAACGCAUCCGCACAAAUUAAAUUCCGAUCAUGUACCUGUAACAUUUACGGUUAACGAGAAAUUCAACGAAGCCAUAAAAUUAUACCCAGAUUUUAGAAUGGCCAAUUGGCAACGUUUCAAGUCAUUGUUGGAUUUAGAACUUUGCAAUUCUGAUGUUUUUAAUUGUGAAUUAUCACUUCGUGACGUUGACAAGACGAUUGAGGGUUUUGUGGAUUUGCUGGGUGAGGCCUGCAGUAAGUCAGUGCCUCAUGGUCCCAGAGCCACAGACAGUGCUAGGAUGACAGCUGAAUGUAAGCUUAUGAUUUCGACCAGGAACAAAUUCAGAAGAAUGGCUCAGAGGAGUACGGAUCAGAGUUUAAGAACUACGUACCAGGCUGUGGUCCGGGAAAUUAAUAAGAUGAUUGCAAUUGGCAUGAAUAGAAGUAGAAACAUUCAAUGGGGUAACUUUUUAUCUACCUUGAGGAUUGGCAGUAGGAACUUUUGGAAGGUUACAAGGCGUAUUAAGGGCCAAAAUAGGGGAAUAGGAGAUUUGGUUUAUAACGACAAGAUGAUUUGUUGUAAUCAUGAGAAAGCUGAAAUUCUCGCUGAGCAUUUCGUAAAUGCUCAUCGGACAACGGUGGGUAUGAUGAGUACAAUGGAAGGAAAAGUGGAAUUGACGACAAAGGCGAUACAGGAGGACUCGACCCCGAACGACGAUAUGACAUCCUUUACGAAUCAGGAAGAGGUAGCAUUUCUGAUAGGUCGUCUGAGGAAUGACACUGCCGAUUGCCGUGAAAUGCCUUUGCCAGUAAUUGAUGCCUUAGAAAAGUUUGGCUCCUUUCAUUCCUUUGAACAUAUCACUGACACGAAUGGUAACUUUUGUGAUACAUUGGAAUAUUUUCGUUUAAUGUGUCUUCGAAGAUAUGGACAUUUGCUUCCCUAG